GUCAUGCUGUUGAUGUGUCACUUGCUGCUGAUGCUGAAAUUAUGGCUCCAUGUUGCACACAUGCAUAGAAAAUAAAUGAUAAUCUGUCGCUUUGUUGCCUGUUACUGUCAGUGUAGGGUCACUUAGGGUUUGCAUUCGCCAGAUUUAUGGAUCCUUUGGCUUUCCACAUCACCCAGCGUUUUCGCGUCCAUUUCCAUAGGCGGAGACUCCAGCUCAUUGUGUGUGUGUGUGUGUGUGUGUGUGUGCGCGAUGUCUCUGGUAUGUGGUAUAAGGGAGCUUUAAAGGGCUGCAUGCCUACAAGCAGCUGCUCAUUCAAGCCAAGCAGCGUUUUCUCUCCCUGCAGCUCUGGAGGUAGAGGCAAGACCUUGGAAAUUUUAGAAGCACAUUUCUAAAUGGGAUUAACAGCCCUGUCUUUCACAGCCAAGGACUCGUUUUUGCAUCUGGAAUAUCAUCCGAGGUGCCUUCUGCCUUCUGUAGAAGAGAUGGGAUUAACCAGAUCGCAGAAAAGUUGGGAUUUCUGAGACAAUCUGCACUGAAAUGCACUGGAUUGCAUUACAAAGGAUGGAAAGAUAAAAAGAAAAGCUUGAAAAAGCUACAAAGGAAACAAACGGGAAAAACAGCUUAUAACAGGGAGAGGAAAUGCACAGAGCUUGGAUUCUUCUCAUUGUGAUAGAAGAGGGCUUUGCUCUGGCGCAAAAAAUAAGAGAGACGCAGAACGAAGAUGGGCCACCAGCCAAGAAUGAGCAGUGUGGCAUCUGGACCAAAACCAUCAGCGGGGGCCAGUUCAUGUCCCCCAACUACCCCAACACCUACCCACCUAACAAGGAGUGUGUCUAUGUCCUCGAGGCUUUGCCUCGCCAGAGAAUCCAGCUGGUCUUCGACAAAAACUAUUACAUCGAGCCCUCCUUUGAGUGCCGUUUUGAUCACCUGGAGAUAAGAGAUGGUCCCUUCGGUUUCUCCCCACUCAUCGAUCGUUACUGCGGGCCGAAGAGCCCUGGCGUGGUCACCUCCACCGGCCGCUUCAUGUGGAUCAAAUUCACCAGCGAUGAAGAGCUCGAGGGUCUCGGCUUCCGCGUCAAAUACACCUACAUAGCAGACCCGGAUUUUAAACUGCACGUGGGCGGACUCUUAAAUCCAAUCCCGGAUUGUCAGUUUGAGAUCAGCGGCUCAGAUGGGCUCGUCCGCUCCAGCCAGGUGGAAGAGGAGGAAAAAGUGAAACCCGGUGAAGCUCUGGACUGCAUCUGGACGAUCCGAGCGCCUCCUCAUUCCAAGAUCUAUCUGCGCUUUCUGGAGUACCAGAUGGAGAACUCGAAUGAGUGCAAAAGGAACUUUGUGGCCAUUUAUGAUGGCAGCAGCGCCAUUGAGAACCUAAAGGCGAAGUUCUGCAGCACGGUGGCCAACGACGUGAUGCUGGAGAGUGGAGUGGGAGUCGUGCGCAUGUGGGCCGACGAGACAAGCCGCCUCAGCCGCUUCCGCAUGCUCUUCACCUCCUUCGUUGACCCUCCUUGCUCCGGAAACACCUUCUUCUGCCACAGCAACAUGUGCAUCAACAAUUCUCUGGUGUGUAAUGGCGUGCAAAACUGUGUGUACCCUUGGGAUGAGAACCACUGCAAGGAGCGGAAGUCUAAGGGCCUGUUCCACCAGAUCACCAAGACCCACGGCACGGUUAUCGGCAUCUCCUCUGGCGUAGUGCUUGUUUUGCUCAUCAUCUCCAUCCUGGUCCAGAUGAAGCAGCCUCGUAAGAAGGUGGUGUCACGCCGUCCAGCUGUCUUCAAUAAAUCCGGCAUCCAGGAAGUGUUUGACCCUCCACACUAUGAGCUCUUCUCCCUGCGAGACAAAGAGCUCUCGUCUGACCUCGCUGAGCUGAAUGAGGAGCUUGAGAGCUUUCAGAAGCUCCGGCGUUCGUCCACGACGUCUCGCUGCAUCCAUGAGCACCACUGUGGUGGCACCGGCAGCAUAAAACAAAACCGCAGUGCGCUUGGCUCCAUGGAGCUCUCAUAUCACAACGACUUCUCUAAACCACAGCCCAUGAAGACCUUCAACAACAGCGGCCUGGGGAGCUACAAGAAGAGCUGCUACGGCUACAAACAGACUCAUGAGUGCGCUGAGCAGGUCAUCGAGGACCGGGUCAUGGAGGAAAUCCCGUGUGAGAUCUAUGGAAGGGGUGGGGCCAUGGGUGGAAAUGUGGGAGGGAUUAUUGGUGGGGCUGUGGGUGGAGCUACGGGAAGCAUUGGAAGUGGAUGCAGCAGCAUCAGCAUCCGUAACCAUGGUGGUGUCCGUAGCAACAAUGCCACUAGCGUACCGGAUGCGAGUCAGCGCUCCAUUUCCAUGGACUUUUGAAAGACUAGAGGAAGGAAGAGGAGGAAAAGUAAAGGAAAAGAAAAAAAAAACAGAAAAGACCAACCAUCACAGACUCUUUUAUUGUCCAUUAUUUCUUGUAUGUCUAGUAACAAGUCAAGGCGUCUUCAAGAAAACCAAUCCAGUCACCUUGAUUUACUUAUACUAGACAUUCAGAAUGACUCAAAUGACUCAAACUCUUCAAGACGUAUCCUUCAUUUCCUGUUUUGCCAAAAUAAACCCCGCCUUCUCGCCAUGUGUCUGAACAAGUGGAGAGAGUGGAACCACAGAUAUACAUAUAAUAGCACUUUUCCACCACAUAGGGCGGUACAGUGUGGUGUGGUUAUUAAUCCGAAUCCAGAAUUAUCCAUACUUUGGUAUAAAACAGUACCCAUAAAGGUUCUCGGGAAGUUAUGGCAUGGUGCAACGAUGUGUGAACUUCAGGGUUUGUUCAACCUUUAACUUGCGAUUUAGUUUUACAUUUUUAUUGGAAAAGACAUACGGAACCAUACGGAACAUACUGGAAUUUCCAGGACACUGCUGAAGAUCGCUGUUUCAUAUGAACUGGGUGAAAAACCAAUUCCAGCUAGCCAGGCUAAAUCACGAAACGCAUACUAUUGUUCUACAUAUCACACUACGAUAACUAAAAUAAUUUGCUGCAUAUUAUUUUGAUAUAGAGACCCCUGAGUGAGACAAGUCAGUCUGACAUCACCCAUGCCUCCUGGUUGCAAAAACAAAGCAGGAGUCUAUAGUGAUUUUUAAGAGCAGAGCCAGAAUUUAUUUUCUAAAAUGUUGUGUUGUCUUGUAGGGUGUCAGAAUCGGAAAAGUGUUCAUGAACACCUUUUCUGUAUCAUAGUGUAACACUGCCGAAUCGGACAUCUUUCCAAGCCAACAGAGGACAUUUGUGGUUACAGGAGGGAUAACGGGUCAGAGAAGCUAAUCAAAAAUGCUUAUGUUUGCAGCAUACAUUUCACCUAGCUAACUACGAUGUCAGUGAACCUGGUGUGCUAAGUAAGGCGUAGCUUGUUAGUUGGCUAACUUAUUUAAUUUAUAUUGCUUUAACAAACUUACGUAGCUCACCUAAAAUCUAGAUCAAGAAACUAGCUAGCUAACACUAAAUAGCUAGGUCACGUUCAUACUGAAGAGUUCCCUAUAAUGGACAUGUUUAUCUAGCUUAAAGUUAACUAGCAUAACUUUAUUCAGCUAACAAAUGAGGCAUUUGUUAUGACACCUCAGCUUUCAGUGCCACGACACCCUCGAAGUUGUAAUCAGGAAACAUUACACCUUGAACUUUCCCACAAACAACAAAGUUGUAAUCAUCAAGAGACUUCAAGAUGACUUCAGUUUGUCUCUAGUUUAAAUGCUCAGAGCUUCUAUGAGAUAUCUAUAUGUAUAUGUCCCGUCACUGAAGGUGAGGCUACCGCUUAGUAUCAUUUAGCCACUGACAGGAUGCCAAGAUUCACAGAUUCUUCAGUCCUAUUAUAACCACUUACAAUUAGGUUGCUGGUCUCUUCAGGUCUUUUUGCAACCAGGUUGGCUGUGCAUGUGUUUUGGUUUACAAACACUGAAGGGGUCUGUUUAAUACUGUAGUAAGCAUUUUGGCACACAGCCAUAUUUGUGUUUUAUUUUUUUUAAAUGGCGGUAGUCUGAUUUAAAUGAUGAGUCUUGGUGAUUGCAAUCUGUGGUCUGUAUUUUUCCUAGCCCCACCCACUUUGUCCCUGUUUGCUUCUCUUGAUACUCUGCAAGAAGAGGAAUCAAAUUUAACACUAAAAUAAUGUGGCAUUAUGGAUUUCUCACUGUAUCUUAACAGAGCGUCUGGUGGAAUAGCACUGACAGAGACCUAGAUAGGUGAAGAUGCUGUUUUGAAUGAAAUAAAGUGCGACUUCAUGGCUGCCAUAUUGGUUCUCCGUCAGCACAGUGAAAUGAAAUAUUGCAAACAGAUUCCCAAACUGUUCCCAAAAAAUGCAGAAAGAAUUGUCUUGCAAACCUGUUAGUUAGCUAGCUAAAUUAGCUAACCGAUUUUACAUCAGACUAAACAGAAAUAGCUUGAUUAGACUAGACAAAAUUCAGUGGUGUGCAUGAGUAAGGCACCAGAAGUCAUUAUUUUUGGAGAGGAAAAAAGCCACAUUAUGUUAUAGAACCAGAGGAUUAGACUUUCUUUCUGUAUUUCUUUUUUUUUAUAUUUGCAAAGAAACCAUAUUAUAAAGUGGUGCUUGAAAGUUUGUGAACCCUUCAGAAUUUUCUAUAUAUCUGCAUAAAUAUGACCUAAAACAUCAUCAGAUUUUCACACAAGUCCUAAAAGUAGACAAAAAGAACCCAAUUAAACAAAUGAGACAAAAUAUUAUACCUGGUCAUAUAUUUAUUGAGAAGAAUAAUCCAAUAUUACAUAUCUGUGAGUGGAAAACGUAUGUCCACCUCCAGGAUUAGCAGUUAAUUUGAAGGUGAAAUUAGAAUUAGGUGUUUUCAAUCAAUGAAAUGACAAUCAAGUGUGAGUGAGCGCCCAGAUUUAUUUAAAGGGAUCUAUCAAAGUAUGAUCUUCACAACACAUGUUUGUGGAAAUGUAUCCUUGCAUGAACAAAGAGUUGUUGAUGCUCAUCAGGCUGGAAAAGAUUACAAAACCAUCUUUAAAGAGUGUGGACUCCACCGAUCCACAGUCACACAGAUUGUGUACAAAUGGAAGAAAUUCAAGACCGUUGUUACCCUCCCCAGGAUGUGGUCGACCAACGAAGAUCACUCCGAGACUUGUAAUAGUCUGCAAGGAACCCGGGGUAACUUCUAAGCAACUAAAGGCCUCUCUCACACUGGUUAAUGUUAAUGUUCAUGAGUCUACCAUCAGGAGAACACUGAACAACAAUGGUGUGCAUGGCAGGGUUGCAAGGAGAAAGCCACUGCUCUCCAAAAUGAACAUUGCUGCCCAUCUGCAGUUUGCUAAAGAUCAUGUAGACAAGCCAGAAGGCAGUAGAUGGAUGAGGCCAAAAUAGAACCUAGACCCUAAGCACACAAGUCGUUCUACCAAAGAAUAGUUAAAGAAGAAUAAAGUUAAUGUUUUGGAACAGCUAAGUCAAACUUCUGACCUUAAUCCAAUAGAGAUGUUGUGGAAGGACCUGAAGCAAGCCGUAGAUGUGAGGAAACCCACCAACAUCCCAGAGUUGAAGCUGUUCUGUACUGAAGAACAGGCUAAAAUUCCUCCAAGCCGAUGUGCAGGACUGAUCAACAGUUACUGGAAACAUUUAGUUGCAAUUAUUGCUGCACAAGCGGGUCACACGAGAUACUGAAAGCAAAGGUUCACAUACUUUUGCCACUCACAGAUAUGUAAUAUUGGAUCAUUUUUCACAAUAAAUAAAAGACUGGAUAUAAUAUUUGGCUCAUAUGUUUAAUUGGGUUCUCUUUAUCUACUUUUAGGACUUGUAUGAAGAUCUGAUGAUAUUAAAGGUUCACAAACUAAAAGGUUCACAAACUUUCAAGCACCACUGUACUACAUACAAGAAAAAUGAGGUGGAGAAGACAAACAAACAAAAAACUAUAUUCUGUUGUAUAUCUUAAUCAAAAAGUUGUUUAAAAAAGCAAAAAGCAGCACAAAUCUUCUGGAGUAGUGUGCACUUUGUAGUGUGCACUCUGUCACCUGUCUGGGGCUCUAGUUUGUGUAUCUAUGAGUGAAACCGGGAAGCCAUUUUAACUGUCUACCUUAUUAUAAGACAAAAUUUAGGGCUUACGCUGUUGCUUAGCAUUAACUCAUGGAUUAUUUGCAUUGUUAACUUGAAGCAUUAAAGUAUUGAGUAUUAAAUAGUCAUGUUGCUUUUAUGGACACUCCCUUCAACCCCUACACACACACACACACACACUACAUAUUUGGAAGAGAAUAAUAGUAGAAAGUUUCCUACAGAUCAGUUAUAGCCUAAUUAUUCUUUUUUUGUUGCUAGCUGUAAGAUUAAUUAAAAACUUUUCUGUAUACAUCUCAUUUGCGUCUUGUACAUACACAUACACACACACACACAAACACACACACACUGUCUGACUGUCCAGUAUUCAGUAUCCAGGUGUCACACAGACAAAGCAUGGAAAAUGUAAAUGAGGCCAAUGUGUUUGUACAGAAAUAAUUCCUUUUGUUGGUGUAUGAGGGACGAUUAAGUGGACUAUAUUUUCUAACCCAUGAAAGUUGUAAAUCAAAUCUAUACUGCGCUUCCAUUUUAGUCAUGGCAUUAAUAACUGUAAAAGAUAUCGAUGUAAGAAAUGUCCAAUUAUAUGUUUUAAUAAAACGCCAUCACAUUA